GAGUUGUUAUUCAUCCUAUUCUCAUUACUGCGAUAUCAUGGCAAGUGACGAUUUGCCUUUUCCUGAAUUGGUGGCUGAUACUACAUCGGCUGAGGUCCGCUUGGUCCUAGGAAUUUCAUUGGACCUGACUUUGGCGAGAUUUCAUUACUUUCCUAGGCUGUCUCUCGAGUUACGUCGCAAAAUCUGGCAUAUUUAUUUUGAUCCGCAGCUUGGCCGGAUUAUCGAGAUCGAGUGGGAUCCGACUCAUCCGGUAGACAAGAAUCAUGGAUAUAGAGCAACAAAGGUAUCUUCUCGGGCCCCUUUAGGUUUACGGGAUCCUAUCUGUCGAGAUACCUGGGAUGAAAUCUUGAGAAGAUAUCAGCUUUGGAAUUUCGAUAAUCGCCCUGAAGGACAUCACCCACCAUCAAGAUUUACAUAUUUUGAUCCUUCUAUAGAUACUGUCUACUUCGGUCGCAAUAAUUGUUUUGGCACAAUGUGCCUCUUUGUGGACGGCCUGAUUAAGGCAUAGAAUCUACUUUCUCGCCUUGCGACUGGUGACUGCUGACAUAGAAAAUACUCUUGGGUAGAAGACCGCGCGCCA